AAGAUAAUAAUGUAUUGAUUGAUUAACAAGCCAAGAAAUUUUUCCCCAGAAUUUUAUGAAUAAAAUGGAGGGUCCUAUGCAGUUCCAGAUCAUGGGUUUUUUUAAGUAAAGUGAUGGCAUUUGCUGGGGAAUCCACGCUACAACUACAAGCUUUAGCUCAGCAGUACUAAAAGCUCAAUAGUACUAGAAUCGUUUUUAGUUAGAGCCAAUUGUACUAAAGAAAAAAGAUAGGAGAUUUAGAGGAAAUUGUAGAAAAUUUGGAAUUAAAAAAAAAAUGCAAAGCUGGCUCGCAAGAACUAAAAGAAAAAGAGAGAAAUUGUUUGUUUUUGUUUCAAAAUCCUUGUUGACUGAAGCAAGUUCACCACCUGGAUAAUGCACUCAAAAAGUUGUGUGAGAUUUCUAUGCCGAUGCAGCAAGCAAGAGAUGUUAUUCAGAUUUCGAUGGAGAUCAAAUAUGUUAAGGGCGGGGGCUUGGUGAAUCAGAAUCCUGAGGAGUUGGGAGGCCUUAAUGAAGGGGCCAAGACUAUAGAAGUGAUAAACAUUUUGAAGGAGUUGUUAAAAGCUGUGCGGGAUGCAAAGAUGGAAGCCGAAAUUUAUGGUUGUGUCUGGCAAAGCAUGGAAUCUAAUCUAGGAUCUUGCAUAAGGAAGACAGAAGAGUCAAACCAGGUAACAUAUCAUGUGAAUGAGAAAAUAAAUAACGGGAAGCAGCUUGUUGACAUGUGUGUAUCGGAAACAUAUUUCUGUUCCUGCUUCAAAAAGCCUAAAUGCUUCCAAAAGCCUACGUAUAUGAAUGAACUUCAGGACUUGGACAAUACACUGAGAAGGUUCUGUCAGCGAGUUGAACAAGAAGCAAGGAAACCAUCUGAUACCCGAGUGGCGACAGGACAAAAUGUGAACCCAGCAAAAGUCAUUCAUGGAGGGUUGGGGGUGAAGCCAGGUGGGGAUAUGAAAGACAGUGAGAUGGAAAAUAACGAGAAAAAGAAAGGAACUCAUGCGGAAGGUAAAAACAUCCAUCAGGAGGAGAAAAAAAGCUCCGGGGAAAUUCACGAGUCAUAUCUAACUGAUCAGAAGAUCAAUGGAGUGUCUACUAAGACUGCACCUUCUGUUGAUGACAAGGAACGCCAAUUUGUUCCUCGGCAGGUUGUGCCCCCUAGGCAUGAGCAGUCACUAAUCCAUGUACCAGGUGAAUCAGGGGAUUCAAAAUUAAAGCAGCAACGUGAAGAGCAAACCCAAAAGCCAAUAAACCCAAAGGACAAUGAGCCAAUAAACCCAAUGGACAAUGACUCUGUGUCUUCGCAUUCAGAUGGGCUUGUGAAGCAAUCGAAGAAGAAAGAUGUUCGCAAGGAAGUUGAGCGGUCAAAUCCAAGCCAAAAGUUUGGUUUAGUGCCAAACCACAAUUCAUCUUCGCAUCCAAGGCAGCCACCAGAGACAAAAGGCAUUGGUGAGAAGACUGGAUCAUCAGGUCCAACUGUGAACUGUCUUCCGAUGUCAAAUGACGAUGUAUCUUCAAUUCCCAUUUUGCCUCCUAAAACAACUGUUGGGUGGGACACAUCGAAGAAAUUCACGAAGGAAUCACCAAUGGAUGUAGCUUCUGCAGUUGUAUCAUCUGCUCCCUUAGGAUUUGGAGAGAUCCCUUUGGCUAAAGAACGUUUCCGAAAUGAGGUUCAUGGUGUACAGGAUCACAAAACCAAGCCGGCAGAGGCAGGUUCAACAAAUAUACUGUCAUAGCCAAUGUUGAUCUUCGCCAGAUUUGUGAACUGUACAAAAGUCAAACUAAGGAAUUAACAUUCUCCAAUCUAAUUUGAAGAGAAAGAUUGCUGAUUUUAGCUGGUAAGAAACCAGAGUUUUUGACUACUGAGAUCCUGUAAUCUACGGAUUCUUCUUGAAUUGUGGCAACUGUGAAAGAUCAGAUGUUGAAAUUACAAAUUUCUUGAGAAAGUUUAUCUGUAAAGGAUAGGGAAGUGCUUGCUUUUUUUUAGUUGCAAAAUUGGGGCUGCAGCCCCAAAACCUGCUUGUGUAUUUCUCCAAUACAUAUUCACUUCAGCUUUUUUUAGCUUAAGCAUUA